AUGCCAAUUCCGAACAAACCAGGAGAGCCAGAUUUCAAGCUAAAAGUGGAGCCAAGUGAUAAACUUUCAAUUGUAUAUAAGAAGGGGGAAAGUGUAACUGUUGAUUUGAAGAUUAUAAAUACGACAAAUGAAAGGAACAGUUUUAAGGUUAGUCUAACUUGCGAAAAUAAGUUUGAGAACUAGAAAAUAGCAAUUUCAGAUAAAAUGCACAGACAAUGAUGUGUUUUGUGUUCGCCCGCCUCUUGGAUUUGUUCAAGCCAAAGAAACUGCGGUGAUCAAAAUCACUUUGAACUCGAGAGAUGUUCCGGAGCCCAACAGACACUAUUUUGCAAUUUAUCAUAUUGCUGCUUCUGAUAUGAGUAUAGGUGAAAAACAAGUUUGGGAUGCGAAGAGGAUGAAUGGCGUUUUACGACUACCCGUGCAGAUUGAGGAAUUGGAAAGUCCAUCACCGAGUGAGAGUCAGAAAUCAGAGGGAACAGAGAAAGAGAAUAAAGAGCAAGAAUUGAAAGUGGAGCAAAAGGAUGAACCGAAAUGA